AUGGUGAAUCGACUCCUCAAGCCCCUCCUCAAGCCAUUCCAGCGACGAGAACAACAACAAAGCACCAAGAGAAUCUGUCAAGGCUCGACCACCUCAUCUUCAGACGUGACUGUGAGCAGCGGUGAUUCCUCGUUCUCGUCUUCCCCAGCUAGUUACGGCGAGGAACUCUUGCAGAUUGCCCAAGACAAGCGAUGCACGCAAGUCGUGCUCAAGAACUUUGUGGCGCAAUCCGAUCGACAAGACUUUUUGUGUCUCAAGCAAGCCAUGGCGACUCAAUCGAAACGCCGAACGAAGCACUGGCGCGACAUCAAGUUUGUCGAUUCGUUGCACGGCAACAACUACCGACGAUGGCAAUUCAAAAAGGCGGGACUGUGCCGGUUGCUCCGUCAGAGUCCCAAUGUCCGUGUCUCCAAUGAUGCCUACGAGACUCGUCCUACCACUGACGCUUGCUGUACGGUCCGCUUUGACACGCGUCUCGAACUGUCUGGCAUGUCUCCGGACGCCAUGGUCCGUGUGCUCGAGGAAGUCCACAAGGAUUUGGACAUUGCGACACUGGAAAUCUCGGGAGAUGUGCUUGCCGCUGGAAUCAAGCCGAUCAUGACAGCACUCAUUGCUUUGAUAGAAUUGAAGGAUCGAAGUUGGGAUGGAAUCGUUGUGCGCAUGGCACCCGUGGCCGAUCCCGACAAUGAUGAAUCCAGAAUGACGAAACAAGAAGAACUGUGGAUGGGACAAAUGACACUGCGAAAAUUCAGUCUGGCGCUCGAAGAAAAGGCCAUUCAGCACAACAUUCCAGUGGGCGUACAUCAACAACAACAGCAGCAGCAAGAACAGUAG